GGGAGGGGGCGAGCUGUGAGCGGCACGCAGGCGGGCAGUGCUGAUCACAUGAGCCCAGAUCUGUUUACAAACUGAAGCCUGGACGCCGGAGCCGAGUGUCGCUGACAGUAACCGCCGACUGCGCGCGAGAGAGAGCGAGAAAGACCAGCGACGACGACGGCGUCGACCGACGACGAGAAUAACAACAACAACAACAACAACAACAACAACAACAAAAACAACAUCAACGUCGGCCCCAGCGCCUCUCGGGGACUGACAGACAACGUCUUCCAGGCCUGACGCAAAAAAAGAGGAAGGGGGCCGUCGCCGGGGGGGCAAACGAUGGAGCUGGCGGUCGAGCGAAGUGAACGUACCCCGCUGCCUCUUUGUCUGAGCCGUUUUAUUAUUUGACUGGGUGGAGAGGACGGAGGGAGCAGAUGGUUUCAGGAGGGGAGAGAGAUAGAGCGAGAGAGCGAGGGAAAAAUCACACACAGACAUAUAGGACACACACGCGUGCACACACGGAGACACGCUCACACUCGCGCACGAGCCAGAUACCAAUCACAGCUUGAGGGCUGCCUUACUGCUGUGUGUGCAGUCUUGUCCUUUGUUUCGGGAUUUUGGCCGAGGCCCGUCAGUGUGCGCCGAUCUGGGAAUACCCCUGACGUUGAUCCAGCCAUUUGAGAGCGCACAGCGGCAGCAGGAGAGGGGGAAACCGAAGAGGCGAAGAGAGGAAUAGACACGGAGAGAGAGAAAGAGAGAGAGAGAGAGAAGGAAGGAGCCUUGUCUUUUGUCAGAGAGAGGCUGUAGAAGAGAACAAAGCAAUGAGUGUUUCCAGGCUAUUGCACUGAAUUCAGCCAGACUUGACACAAUGUCAUCGUGAUCUGGCGUAGUCCUCCACUGGAUUCUGUUCAAGAUCGGACGUCCUCGGGGGUGAAGGCAAGCCAUCUUACGCAUUCCUCUCGUCUGGGCACUUGCAUGAUAGACAUACAUUAAUCGAUAUAAUAUACUCAUAACUAGAUAUAAACAGAUAUUGUUCGUAUAGCCGUAUGCGUUCGCGUCUGUCAUUGUACUUCACAUUGUUCCUGGAGCAUCAUUAACUUCUGUGGAGAUUCAAGGACAAAACAAAAUACAUGAUAACAACACUAUCGGUGACUGUCAAACCGUAUGAUGACAACAUCACCGACGAAGAGGACAAAGGACAGAAGGGUAAACAAAACAUAAACAUUGUGGAUUAUAAACAGGACAUAUAAACUUGAGGACUAUCGAAGCCCUACGGUUGCUUUAGCCAAGAUUUUCCGUUUAAUAUUUAGGGUGGAUUUGUCUUUGAAGUGCCCUAACUCCAGUUCAAAGGGACUUUGUUGACAGUUGCCCUUUUUUAGUAAAAAGGGGAAAGGGACAACACUGAAACCGAAAGAAGAGCUGCUUUCUGGUGUCAAAGUCCUACUUUGCACUGACAGUGUGGAGUUACUGUAAGACUUUUGUCACCCCUCCCCAACCCCCUUAGUUACCCCCCCCCCUCCCCCUCCUGCCCCCAACGCUAUACCUCCACGACUUGCAGUCCUCCAACCGGAGCCGAAUUUACUGCGGGAGGCUCAAGUGUCGGAUUUCAUGCAACCAUUCCAAUGGUGUAACGGAUGCCUCUGUGGUCUGGGACUGCAGCGCUCGGACUGCGAGAUGACCUCUGAGGAAGUGUACCACCUGCCCCUCAACGUCUACGUCAUCGUGCUGGGCAUAGGUCUCUUCGUCUUCAUGCUCAGCGUCAUCUUCUGCUGCUACCUGUUCAGGUUGAAACAGCAGGUUCCACGUGAGCAGUACAGCUACAACGAGGUGGUCCUGAAGGGUGCAGGGAAGAAGCUGUCUCUGCUUGGACAGCCGUGUGCAGUCUGCCUGGAGGAAUUCAAGAGCAGAGACGAGCUCGGGGUGUGCCCCUGCUCGCACACCUUCCAUAAGAAGUGCCUGCUGAAGUGGCUGGAGAUCCGCAGCGUGUGCCCCAUGUGCAACAAGCCCAUCCUGCGCCUGCAGGCCGACGAGACGCCCCCGCCACAGCACCCCCGCGGCGCCGAGGGCCCGCAGGACCCCGAGGAGGUCUGACCCACGACCCCCGACCUGACCCUUGACCCUGACCCAACCCCCCUGAACCCUGCCCCCUCCACCACCACCCCCCCCACACACACCCCCCCCCCCGAUCAGAACCGAAAAACCCGCAAAACAGACCCGACCCGACCCCUGGGGGGCCAUUGUGAAGAGAGAGACACCGGCCCAGGACUUCACUUGAACAUGGCAGGGCCCUGCCCUGGGAGCUCAGGAGGGGCCAGCUCGCUCGGCGGCCGAGAGAGAGAGAGAGCGCUGGACAUUAGUAGCCCGUCGGUCCGGCGCGGUGAGCGGACUCUCGCGGCGGGUUCGCUGUGGACGCUGGUGUGAAGAAGACGCCGCCGUAGAGGACUAUGGGGAUUAGGGGGGCGAGGAGAGGGUUAGAUGUAGGAAGGGCAGAAAAGUGUUAUAAAAACUAUUGUAGUGAUGGACAAGAGAGGGAUACUUGAGAGGGUGGAGGUUAGGGCAGGGUGGGGGUAGAGUGGGGUGGGAUGGGUGGUGUUGGGGUGUCUCUUCAACUCAAAAAUACGUGUGUAAAACACAAAGUUAGCAUGACAUUUUAUGAAAACUACGUAAAUACGCACACACACACACAACUAACCAACCACCCACCCAGUCACCACCGUCACCACGGACACAUACACCCCCAUACACACACACACACACACACACACACACACACACACACAUCCAGUGUAAUAAUCAGCCUCUCUGCUCACUUGGACAAAGCUGUGGUGGUGGUGGUGGUGGUGAGCGAUCACACUGCAAAGAAACGGCAACAUCAAAUAUAUCUGCCUAUAACCAGAGUCACUGUAUGGUCUCUCCAGCUACAGCAAAGUCAAGCUGAGUCAUCAGUCAGCAGUUUAUGAAAAAAAAAAACGAAAGAAAAAGAAGGAAAGGAUUUAAAAAAAAAAAAAAGAAACAAAAGAAUAAAAAACUUGGGAAGUGAAAAGGUAGACAUAGGACUUCCCCCCUCUGUGAGUCUGUGUGAAUAGGGCCUCAAGCAGCCAAUUGUUCUUCUUCCUCUUCCAAGUUUCAUUUUGUAUCGUUUGACGGUUUUAAAAUAAAAGCGUAAUGUUUUUGUCGGUCA